AUGGCUCGUCUUCAACUACUAAUUCUAUCCUCUCUACUUCUGCUGACGCUGUCAGCUGCAACUGAUGACUUCUUUCCGGCUGCCGUUGCAAGGCCUGCAACGUACAACCCUGGCAACAGGGCCACCAACGCGCUGAUUGACGCCCUUGAGGACGACUACUCCGCUUUUCUCUUCUUCUUCAAGCGCGCAGGAUUGGACAAGGAGUUUCCGGACCUGCUGUGCAAGUACACGGUGACCAUAUUUGCGCCGACGAACGACGCGUUCAAGUCACUCGAAAGCGACCUGAAGAAGAAGGUGAAGGAGGACAAGCUGCUGCUGCGCGAGCUCAUGCUGCUGCAUGUCGUCAAGGGCAAGAAGACAUAUGCACGCCUCCUCGAGCAGGAGCAAGGCCAUCAAUAUGAGUCUCCUGCUGCUCGCGGCCAAGCCAAGUUGGUCAAGCGCAGCGAGGCAGACGACGAGCCGUUCAUCAUCUCGGCCAAGCAGGGUAAGAACGUGGCGAGUAUUGUGGACGAGGACGUGUUUGUGAGCAAGUACGCGUCGGUGCAGGGGGUCGACGAAGUCAUCCUGCCACGCAAGCUGCAGAAACCGCGCAAGUUUGAGACUCUUGUCGACUCUCGAACCCUCCCUAGAGCAACCCGUCAGGUUCCGAGGCUAGUCGUUACAGCAGCCGUGGCAGCUGACAGGCUCGGCCUGGACGUGGACGAGGAGGCUCGGAGUGAGGUUCGGCGGCGGCAGGCCCGGCUCCUGUGGAACGUCGACGGAACGGAGCGCGGCGCGAAGGCGGAUUCGGAGCGGCGCGGCGAGAUCGAGGAGGCAGUCGUUGACUUGGAACGACUUGGCGGAACUCCGUUGGCCUCGGGAUUGGAUCAGCUGGACGGCUGGUGGGAGCUCAAGUACAGUACCGCUGCUGACGUCACCGGCAUUCUCAUGGCUCCUUCGUCGUUUCCGCUGCCCAUCCUACAGGUGGGUCGUAUCUUUCAGCGCUACAUCUGUGCCAGGAGAACAGACGGAGGCACGGUGCAGAAUGUGGUUCGGUGGAGCCUGCCGGGCCUGCAGGACAAGGAGGGUGCGUCGCUGAUAGUGACAGCGGAGUUUGACGUGCGCAGUGGCCGCGCCAUCCAGCUGCAGUUUGAGCGGGCGGCGGUGGGCGGUGUGAAGAUCAACGACCAGCUGCAGGCCCUGCUGGCGCCGGCUGCUCUGCCCCGCACCCAGCUGUCGCUAGAUGCGCUGCAGUUCUUUCGUUCCUUGGAGCUGUCAGUGCCUCUUGGCUCCCCUCUUCGCACCACCACAGAAGUAUUGUCAAGCUCUGUUCCCGCCAAUCGCUUCAUGAUCACAUUUCUCGACGAGCGGAUUCUGUCGAGAUCGGCCAUGGAUAGUGUCAUUUCUAUGGCGUCCACUUCAGCAAGCCUGACAUCCCAGACCGCAAUUGGGCUUAAAAAUAAGCUUGCAACUUCUGGGUUUUCCGGAGGACUACGAUCAGCACCGUUGAGGUUUUCCCCAUCUCACGGUCACCGUUUCAGCAAGCGAGCAGGAAGGUCUAGCCUUGCCUCGAGGGCCGUUUUCGAUCCGCUGCAUUUAGACGCCGCGAUUUCCACCCUUACAUCCCACAACUUCCUCUACGCCGUUGCCGAUGCGCCGGACGCGGCGGCCUCCGCGGCUGCUGACGUGUCAACCGCCGUGGCGGCUGUAGCAGCUGACGCGGCGGCGUCUGGCGGAGACGCAGCGGUUGAGGCGGCGGCUUCCGAUGGUGGCUGGUUCGCUGGGCUCGCGAACCUUCUGGAGAGCAUUUUGAAGGUGUUGGAGCAAGGGCUGGCGGCGCUGAACGUGCCGUACGCGUACGGCUUCUCCAUCAUCCUGCUCACGCUGCUCGUUAAAGUCGUCACCUUCCCGCUCACCAAGCAGCAGGUCGAGUCAACAAUGGCGAUGCAGAACCUCGCGCCCAAGGUCAAGGCCAUUCAGACCAAAUAUGCCGGUGACCAGGAGCGCAUUCAGCUGGAGACGUCGCGCUUGUACAAGCAGGCUGGCGUCAACCCACUUGCUGGGUGCCUGCCCACGCUAGCCACUCUGCCGGUGUUCAUCGGGCUGUAUCAGGCGCUCAGCAACGUGGCCAAGGAGGGAGUGCUUACGGAGGGCUUUUUUUGGAUUCCCUCUCUGGCCGGCCCCACGUCCAUUGCUGCUCGUGACAGUGGCUCAGGCAUCUCGUGGCUCUUCCCUUUCAUUGACGGGGCCCCACCCCUUGGAUGGGAGGCGACAGCAGCCUACCUGGUGCUGCCAGUGCUGCUGGUGGCGUCUCAGUUCUACGCCAUGCAGAUCAUGCAACCGCCUCAGAGCGAUUUCUACGCCAUGCAGAUCAUGCAACCGCCUCAGAGCGAUUUCUACGCCAUGCAGAUCAUGCAACCGCCUCAGAGCGAUGACCCAGCACAGAAGAACACACAAGCGAUCCUCAAGUUCUUGCCGCUCAUGAUUGGCUGGUUCUCCCUCUCAGUGCCCUCCGGUCUCUCCCUCUACUGGUUCACCAACAACCUGCUGAGCACGGGGCAGACCAUCUACCUGCGCAAGAUGGGCGGCGCGACCCCCAAGGUGGCAGCUGGGGGAGGCGACAUCAUCGACGUGGGGCAGGCCAAGCGCUCUGCUGCCUCCGCCGUGGCCACAGAACAGGACAAGGAGAAGCUGCGCGGUGAGCAGUUCCGCAAGCAGAAGGAGGCGGACGCCGCCCGCCGGGCGGCCAAGCGGGCGGCGGAGGAGGCGGCGCGGGCGGCGGAGGAGAAGGCGGCAAGGGAGAAGGCUCGGCUGGAGCAGCUUAGGGCGGAGAUCUCGGGGGAGGGGGAGGAGGAGGUGGUGGUGGUGGAGGCUGAGGUGGUUCCUGUGGCUGGGCAGAACGGAGCAGCAGCAGAGGAGCCCAAGCCAGUAGUGCCAGCGACACCCAAGGCUGCAGUGGCGCCAUCAUCAGGAACACCAAAGCGCAGCCGUCGAUCUCGUAGGACCCGAAAGGCGACCCCUCAGUAG